CAUAUCCUUGUGACAAUACCGACGUCGCAAGUUUGAUGAUUAUCGACGGAGGCCGGAGAUAACUGCAGAAUAUCGACGUUGUCGAUAAACUAUUCCGACUACACUUGGUUACUGUUCGUCAUAUGUAAGGUCUAAGAUGGUAUCAAAUCAUACGCUUAUAAAGAUUGGAGCAAUAGGAGGAUUCGUGACAGCGGGUACAGGUUAUGCCUUCAGGUUUCGUAUAGAAAACGAUAUCAAAAAGAGCGAGACUUAUGAAGAUGCAAUAAACGCUUUGCGUAAUCAUAAGAAGGCCGUACCCUACUUUGGAGAACCCAUCAAAUUGGGCCGCGUCAAAUUUGGCGAUGGACUGUUGAAAGAUACAAUACCCUACAAGUGGUUUGAAGUUUCCAUUAGAGGUGCUAAUACUAAAGGAAACAUAUAUUAUGAAGUAACGUUAAACCAAAAACUCGAAAAUAAACCUGAAGUAUCUAAAAUUGAAGUUAAAUUUGAUAAUAUACCAGGAAAAACAUUUGUAAUAAGAGAUUAUGAAGUAUAGAGUGACAAAUAUAAUUAUUAAAAAGAAUAUACAAUUUAUUUAUUUUGAAUAUAAUACUUAUAUAUAGAGUACUAAUGGCAGAAAUUAAUUAUUCGUGUAUGUAAUCACUCUAACAGUAGAGACAGUGUUACAUAAAUAUUGUAUAUAUAUGUAAAAAUUUGAUAAAUAUCUAUAUAUUAAAAUACAACACAGAUA